CGGGCCCAGCCGUCGGGCUGCGCGGGGACGGAACUCCGGACCGAGCCGGGAACCGAGCCUGGCGGCGGCCGCCCAUGGCCGGAGCCGCAAUGGCCGAGCCGGGCCGCGGGCCGCCCGGCGCUCCCGCGCCCACGCCCACGCCGGGCACGGAGGGGCUGCCGCGCGCCUUCCUGCAGAGCCUGCGCACCCUCUUUGACAUCCUGGAUGACCGGCGGCGCGGCUGCGUGCACCUGCGCGAGAUCGAGUCCCGCUGGCAGGGCGCCGACGCGCGCGAGUUGCCCCGCGGCGUGCUGGAGGGCCUGCGCCAGGUGGCCCCGGCCAGCGGCUACCUAACCUUCGAGCGCUUCGUGGCCGGCCUGCGCACCUCGCUGCUGAGCGCCGACGGCGGCCCGCGGGGCCAGGCGCGAGCCCCGGCCCGGGGAGGCUGCCCGGCGCGGCCUGGGGGACCGCCGCCGCCGCCGCGCCUGGUGUUCGCUCCGGCUGAUGAGCCGCGGACGGUCCUGGAGAGGAAGGCCCUACCCCCGGGCGCGCGGCCCCCGCCAGCCGUCCCCGGAGGCGCGGCCCGCAGCCUGGAGAAGCUGUGCGCGCCGGCGGAGGCAGCGCCCGGUCCUGCGGAGCCCGAGCGGCCCCAGGGUGCGGCGCUGGAGCGGAGCCCGAGCGCGGACGCUGGUGCGGCAGCCUGCAGGCCCCGGGAGCUCAGUGUGGGUGAUGCCCAUCGGGUCCUUCGUGCCCGAGGGGAGCGUCGGCGGCAUACCAUCACCAACGGCGUGGACUGUGACCUGCUAAAGCAGAUGCAGGAGCUGGAACAGGAGAAGGAGGUGCUGCUGCAAGGUCUGGAGAUGAUGGCGCGGGGCCGAGACUGGUACCAGCAGCAGCUGCAGCGUGUACAGGAGCGCCAACGCCGCCUGGGCCAGAGCAGGGCCAGCGCUGACUUUGGGGCUGAGGGGAGCCCCCUCCCACUGGGCCGGCUGCUGCCCAAGGUACAGGAGGUGGCCCGGUGCCUAGGGGAGCUGCUGACUGCAGCCUGUGCCAGCAGGGCUCUGCCCUCAUUGUCCUCGGGGCCCCCGUGUCCAGCCCCAGGCCCUGCCUCACCCUCCACCACAGGCUGGCAGCAGCAGACCAUCCUCAUGCUGAAAGAACAGAACCGUCUCCUCACCCAGGAACGUGUCUAACAAGAAGUUGCUGUGGCCGAGGUCACAGAGGUUGCUGCCUAUGUUCUCCUCUAGGAUUUUGAUGGAUCCCUGUCUCACAUUUAGAUCUUUUCAUCCGUUUUGAGUCUACUUUUGCAUAUGGUGUAAGAGAAUGGACCAGUUUCAUUCUUCUGUAUGUGGCUGUCCAGUUUUUCCAGCACCAUUUAUUGAAGAGACUAUUUUUCAUUGGAUAUUUUUUAAUGAUUUUAUUUGUUUAUUCAUGAGAGAUACAGAGAGAGAGGUGAAGACACAGGCAGAAGGAGAAGCAGGCUCCAUGCAGGGAACCUGACGUGGGACUUGAUCCCAGGUCUCCAGAAUCACACCCUGGGCUGAAGGCGGCAUUAAACCACCAAGCCACCCGGGCUGCCCUCCAUUGGAUAUUCUUGCCUGCUUUGUUGAAGAUGAGUUGACCAUACAGUUGAGGAUCCAUUUCUGGGUUUCUCUUCUGGUCCAUCGAACAGUGUGUCUGUUUUUGUGCCAGGACCAUACUGUCCUUAUGAUGACAGCUUUGUAAUACAGCUUGAAGUCCGGAAUUGUGAUGCUCCUGGCAUUGGUUUUCAUUUUCAACAUUCCUGUGGCUAUUUGGGGUCUUUUCUGGUUCCAUACACAUUUUAGGAUCAUUUGCUCCAACUCUGUGAAACAAGAUGAUGGUAUUUUUUUUUAAGAUUUUUUAUUUAUUUAUUCAUUAGAGACACAGAGAGAGAGACAGAGGCAGAGAUACAGGUAGAGGGAGAAGCAAGCUCCAUGCAGGGAGCCUGACGUGGGACUCCAUCCCAGGUCUCCAGGAUCACGCUCUGAGCUGAAGGUGGCGCUAAAACACUGAGCCACCCGAGCUGCCCAAGAUGAUGGUAUUUUGAUAGGGAUUACACUGAAUAUGUCGAUUUCCCUGGGAAGCAUAGACAUCUUAACAAUAUUUGUUCUUCCAAUCCAUGAGCAUGAAAUGUUUUUCCAUUUCUUUGCGUCUUCCUCUAGUUCUCUCAUGUGUAUUCUGUAGUUUUCUGAGUAUAGAUCCUUUGCCCCUUCGGUUAAGUUUAGUCCUAGGUCUCUUAUGGCUUUGGGUGCAGUUGUAAAUGGGAUCAAUUCCUUAAUUUCUCUUUCUUCUGUCUCAUUGUUAGUGUAUAGAAAUGCCACUGAUUUCUGUGCAUUGAUUUUGUAUCCUGCCACUUUGUGAAUUUGUGUGUGAGUUCUAGCAAUUUUAGGGUGGAGUCUUUUGGGUCUUCUACAAAGAGGAUCAUGUCAUCUGUGAAGAGUAAUAUUAAUUCUAGUUUAAUUGUCAGAUUGGAGUUUUAGAAAUUCGGAUAGCUGUUUCAAGAGAGAGAGAUCUAAAUAUUGGUUUCAAACACAAGACAAAACAAAAAAGAAAGAAAAGCUUGAGUAGUUGUAUUAAUAUAAAAGUAAAGAGAUUUGGGGCACCUGCGUGUCUCAGUCAGCUAAGCGUCUGCCUUCGGCUCAAGUUGUGAUCCCAAGGUCCUGGGAUCGAGUCCCACAUCAGCUCCCUGUUCAGGGAGGCUCCUGCUUCUCCCCCUCCCUCUGUGCACUCGAGCAAUCUCUCUCUUUCACUCUCUAAGUAAAUUUCUAAAGUAUUUUUUUUAAGAAGGGGUAGUAUACAGUAAAACAUUGCCCCCAAGCAGAGCAGAUGAAAUAAAACCCCACAGUGACACCAUGUGCUGGCGAGCAUGCAGAGAAACUGAAUUGCUUGAAUAUUGGUGGGAAUGUCAAAAGACACAGCCACCCUGGAAAAGUUAACUGGGACUCUUGGGUGGCUCAGCGGUUGGGCGUCUGCCUUUGGCUCAGGGUGUGAUCACGGGGUCCUGGGAUCAAGUCCUGCAUCAGGCUCCCUGCAGGGAGCCUGCUUCUCCCUCUGCCUGUGUCUCUGCCUCUUUCUGUGUGUCUCUCAUGAAUAAAUAAAUAAAACCUUAAAAAAAAGAAAAACUAACUAAAGUUAACUUAUCACAUGUGAUGACUAGUUAUUUUGUGUGUCACCCUGGCUGGGUGCCCAGACAUUUGGUCAAACCCCU